UUGCUAUCGAGCUAACGUGCUAAAGUGUUAAAUAAUAUUGUCGUGACGUUGUCGUGUUUAGCUUUUCUUCUUUAUUAUUGGAUCAACAGCUAGAUCUCGCAGAAAAAAGCCAUAUUUGUAAUAUUACAACAACAAAAGUCACAUGGCUUUUUAAAAUAGCUAUAAAACGUUUAAGGAUUUUUAUAAGGUACACUAAAAUCACAUCUAAAUUUCAAACGGGAAUUUGCUGCCAUGCCGGUGCACCGGGAUCGGGAGAAGAAGGAAAACACAGCAGAGGAGAUGGAGGUGGAGGAGCAGGAGCAGGAAGGCUCAAGCUCAGAGGAGGAAGAGUCAGACACCUCCUCUGUCUCAGAGGAUGGAGACAGCUCGGAAAUGGAUGAGGAGGAUUGUGAGCGGAGAAGGAUGGAGUGUUUGGAUGAAAUGUCAACUCUAGAGAAACAGUUCACUGAUCUUAAAGACCAGUUGUAUCGGGAACGUCUCACUCAGGUUAACAGCAAGCUGACAGAGGUAGAGGCCGGCCGUGCAGCAGAAUAUUUGGAUCCUCUAGCCGUGUUGUUGGAGAACAUGCAGGUCCGCACCAAGGUGGCAGGCAUCUACAAGGAGCUGUGUUUGGAGUCUGUGAAGAAUAAGUACGAGUGUGAGAUCCAGGCAGCGUGCCAGCACUGGGAGAGUGAAAAGCUGCUGCUGUUUGACACAGUUCAAAGUGAACUGGAGGAGAAGAUCAGAAGACUAGAGGAAGACAGACACAGCAUCGAUAUAACAUCAGGUAACAUGCAGGAGCUGUGGAAUGACGAGCUAACAGGGAGGAAAAAGAGAAGAGAUGCUUUAAGUCCUGAUAAGAAGAGGAGACGACCUUCAGUGGUGUCUGGCCCUUAUAUAGUCUACAUGCUUCCUGACUUGGACAUCCUGGAGGACUGGACAGCUAUCAGAAAGGCCGUUGCCACUCUGGGUCCCCACAGGGCGAAGGUGGAUUCCGACAGCACCAGCUUCCCAUUCAGAGCAGACAGAAACCGACCUAUUCUCAACUGCUGAGACAACACCACAGCCAUGAUGUGAUCUUCAACCACACACCUUUAUGUACUCUCUCUCACACACACACACACGCACACACACACAAAUAAAACAUCAGCUAAUGCACAUGUGAGAACCAUGUUACCACUGGUAAGCUGGAACACACAAGUUGCAGACUGACUCGCUCUAAAGAACAAACAGGGCCAAAACUGGACAAAAGAGAAUGACAAGCAAAUGAAUGCUUUCAAGACAGCAACAGGAUUUUCAAUAAGCAUAUUAUUCCUAAUCAUCAUAUUACUCCUGAUCGUGUUUAGAAUAUGCCUAUUGAGAUCUUGUAUAGGUCCAUUAGGAUUUAAACAGCAUGCACACUGUGACUCACUAUGCUCAGGUCAGCUCAGCAGCUUUUUGUUGCCUGCCCCCCACCUCUCACCCCCUUAUUAUUUUUUAAUGACUAGAAGUCAAAUGAAAUUACAUAUUUAACAAUUUGGCUGAGUAUUUUGCUCAGCAGUGAGUCUUGGUGAAUAUUUAUAUAUGUAAUGCAGGGGUGUCCAAAGGGCGGCCUGUCGCUUUUACAUUGGCCCUCGGCACAUUCUAAACAUACAAUACAAACAAGAAAACUAAAAAAAAAAAAAAAAGUGAAGUAAUUUCACAAAAAUGAAGACAAAAUAUUAGUUAUAUCAAGAGGGAAAAAAUGUAUGAGAAGAAAAGUUGAGAAGUGAAAUAUUUGUGUAAAAUAAAUACAGCAAAAUUAGAGAAACAAGCACAAACGUGUAACGUAAGGACAAGUACUUAAUAAUAUGCUUUGUCGCCGAAAACACAAAGCUGAGAUGCAGGCUGUUUUUUCUUUAAAUAUUAAAAAAACGACUCAGCAUUUGGUGUUUUUGGAGUAAGCAUCCAGUGGAAGAAUUCUUGACUCAAAGAAAUCAAACCACAUCAGGUCCAAAAUUCUUAAUUAUUUGACCUUCUGCUGUGUUUACAUUUUAAGUCUCCAUUUACCUUCUGUUAUGUUUUGAAAGUACAGUAUUUGAAAUCACUCCAUUUGAAUUCCUAACUCAUCCCUGAAAUUUGAUAGUCAGUUCAAACAAAGUGUUUCAUGUUGUACAUACAGUAUCUACCUCUGCUCUCUCGGUUAUCCCAAAUGUACUGAAAUAUUCCAAAACAAAUAUUUUUCUUUAAAGCCUGCAGUGAGGAGACCAAACAGGUGAAGAUACUUGUUUAAAUGUUCACUGAUGAGUACAAAUCAUUUAAUUGUAUUGAUUUUAUAAAUUAAUGUGUUUUUAACGCUGAUGUUGGUGGAUACUGGCAUUUGUUUAACAGUUUGUGAUGUUAUGUAUCAAGCAAAAAUGUUCUUGUUGAUGGGAUGUUUUCCUAUUAAAUGAUUUGUUUUUUUAA